AGCUGCGUUCACCGGUUGCCGCCUACACGGUCAGCUGCCGCGUCGCGGUUACCAAGGGGUACAGAAGGUUGUGGUAGGCGCCACCGUGGAGCGGCUCCGAGGUCCCCGGGAGUCUCGCAGGCGCGCCUCCCGCGUUGCCGGGACGCAGCCCCUGCAGACGCCUCGGAGGCGGAAGCGACGACGGAGGCAGGUGAAGAAACACAAAAAAAAGCAAGUCAAGGGGUCUUUCCCAAGGUCAAAGAUCAAGGAGAUGGCCUCUUCAGGAAUAUACAAGCUGGAUAAUGGGAAGUCUUACCUGAACAACUGCUUUCCAGCCAAAAAUCUCCUUCGGAUGCCAGACGAAGGCCGAGGACACUGGUUAGUGGCUCGGAAAUGUAACCUCAAGAAGAAGCCCAAGAGUGUGCUUGAGGCACCCGCUGAAGUUCAGGAAAGCCAGAAGAAAUUUUCUUCUGAGGUCAGGGGAAAUAAAGGGUUUCAGCAGGAAAACCAAGCGGACGUUCUUGGACAUGUGCUGGACCGGGCUUUUCUGCUGAAGCACCAUUGUGUGAGGAAGCCAUCAGACCUGAUCAACAUCAAUGUGAGCGGCCUGAAGUUCUCCAAGGCUAAGGAAAAGGACUUCAAGCAUUUUAAUUCAGUGAUUUACAUCAAUGCCUCAGAAAACCUGCUUCCUCUAGAGGCAUUUCAUACAUUUCCAACCUUAAAAGAACUGGAGCUCGCAUUUAAUGGAAUCAAAACAGUCUAUGUGAAAUACGGAGACUUUAAGUUCUUGGAAUUCCUGGACCUUUCUUUCAACAGCCUGACUGCAGAGGCCAUUUGUGAUCUGGGGAUUCUCCCGCACCUCCGUGUCCUGCUCCUCACAGGCAAUGGGCUCACCUCCCUGCCACCCAAUUUGGCUGUCAAAGAACAGGAAGCAUCUGUAACAUCACUGACAAGCAGGAGGUACAUCCUGAGGUUCCCAGCACUGGAGACGCUGAUGCUAGAUGACAACAGGCUCACCAGCCCCAACUGCUUUGCCAGCCUGGCCGGGCUCAGAAGACUGAAGAAAUUAAGCCUGGACCAAAACAGGAUUUUCCGGAUCCCGUACCUACAGCAGUUUCAGCUCCGUGACGGGUCAGGGGACUGGGUUGGAGGCAGGGGGUGUCCCCAGAAAGAGCUCCAUUCCAUGCGACAAUCCAAGUCAUGGAUGUUUGAGGCCUCUGAUGAGCAACCAGAUUAUACUGUACUGCCCAUGAAAAAGGAUGUUGACCGGACAGAGGUUGUAUUCUCAUCUUACCCUGGAUUUUCAACGUCAGAGGCAACCAAGGUAUGUGCACUUCCUCCCAUAUUUGAGAUUCUUCCCGUGAAGUCACUGAAGGCCAGGAACCAGACGCUGGCCCCACCCUUUCCAGAGCUGAGGUACCUUAGCCUGGCCUACAACAAGAUCGCCAAGGAGGAUGCCAUCCUGCCAGUAGCUCUUUUCCCGUCUCUCUGCGAGCUCAUCUUUCAUAAUAACCCUCUGGUGUCCCAUACACGAGGGGUCCCUCCACUGCUGAAAAGCUUCCUCCAGGAGCGGCUGGGGAUCCACUUGAUUCGCAAGAAGAUAGUAAAGGCUAAGCAUCAUAUUUUGAUGCCUCGGAAGGUCUCGAGGAAGGUGAAAACCCAAGUCCCAAAGGUGCCAAAGCAGCCUUUACUUCUCCAUCAUCUCCCUGUGACCGCAGUCCCAUCUCCCUCAAAGGAGAUCCCAGAGUCUGAGGCAGGGCUGACUAAAGAGCUGUCUGCGGCCGGCAGUCCUCUGGAGUCACAGAUACCUGUUGAGGCUGUGGAGGGCCUCUCCCUGUCCCACCGGACUUUCGUGCCCCUACCUCCCAUCUGCUCCGAUUCCACCGUGCACAGUGAAGAGACCAUGUCCCACCACAGUGACAGACCCAGCCGCCUCAGCCCAGAGCACCUAUCAGACGAGGACACCAAGAGCAUGGAGUCCAUAUUCUUGACCCAGGUGGGUGAGCUGCCUUCCUCCAUCCUCCAGAGGGAUGAUUCAGCCAUGAAGGAGGAAGAGCAAAGACCACCCCACACAGCACCCAGAGAGGUAAAGAGGGCUUGUCGGAAGCCCCCGACUGCCUCCCUCCCCAGCAAGUACCAUGGCUACGAGGAGCUGCUGACAGCCAAGCCUGAUCCAGCCUUUGUUGAGCCAAAGGGAAUCCAGAAGAACACACAGGCCCUGCAGCGCAUGCUGAAGUACCCGCUGCUGUGCCACUCCUCCAAGCCCAGGCUGGACACACUUCAGAAACGUUACAUGCCCAAGAAGAAGCGGGCCCAGAGGAUCCCUGUUCCACCGCCACGGAAGACUCGAGCCCAGCUGCUGGAUGACCUCUUCAUUCGCAUGCGGGAUCCCCGGAACAUUACAGAGGCUCCACUAGGAGCUGUCCUGCGCCAGCAGACUGAGAGACGGCUGGUGAACCAGAAACAAUACCUGGAGGCCAAGCGGCUGCUGAAGGAGUUCCAGGCCCGCUACAGGCAGCUGGUGCGCUGCUCACUGCGUACAGUGUUCAGGGCUGCAGCGCCACCCCCGGGCCGCCCAGCACUGAGUGAGGGCCAGCCUAGGUUCGGCCGCUUCCUUGAGUUCAUGGAUGAGUUCUGCCAGGGGCCCACGGCCAGCGACUCGAAAGGCUAAGGGCUGCGCACGGGGCCAUGCGCACUCCCCGGCCUGUGCCUGACGCCCUCCCAGGGCUCUGUGCCCUGGACCACACCUUGGGGCUGGGUGUGCCAGGUGCAGGCCUCAGAUCUUGGCCUGGCCUUGCUUGCUGGCCGCAAAGAGUGGGGAACUGGUCAGGACCUCCCCUCCCCGGGCUGGGCAGGACCCAGCACCUGGCCAAGCAGCAAUAAAGAGUAGGUGCAUAUAGAGCAA